AUGGCACCCAAAGUGGAAUACGCGGAUAAUCUUGGGCCUUCAAGGCAAGAAGAUGGCACCAUUGAAGGCACGUCAGAAGAAAUCAUCGACAAUCCUGAUAAAGCUACUGCUUUUGCCAUCAGCGGUAUAGAUGAGCACUACGACAUUGACUCGGACAAUUCUCCCCAGCCUGAAGUCAGAGCCAAUGUUCCCAAUGUCGAUGAUCCUUCUAUGCCAGUCAACACGCUCCGUGCGUGGACGCUAGGCCUUCUGUUCACUAUCCUCGGCACUGGAAUCAACCAGUUUUUCUCAAUGAGAUAUCCCAGUAUCACCAUCUCGUCGCUCGUCGCGCAAUUAGUCGCCUACCCAGCCGGACGAGCCCUUGCACACACCCUCCCCAUCAUGAAAAUCACACUCCUCGGGAAAGAAAUUGCACUCAACCCCGAUCAUCACUUCAACAUAAAAGAACAUGCCCUCAUCACAAUCAUGUCAAACCUCUCUUUCGGGCCAUCUUGGGCAACGGAUAUCAUCCAAGCACAAGUUGCACCUGCGUUCUUGGGGUUAAAGACUCCAGUUGGGUAUCAGUUUUUACUCGCGCUUACGAUGCAGCUUUUUGGGCUUGGAAUGGCGGGUAUGGCGUAUAGGUUUAUCGUUGAGCCGCCGCAUAUGGUUUGGCCGUCGACGCUGGCUAAUGCGGCGCUGUUUCAGACGUUGCAUGGGAGGGCGAAUCCAAAGGCUGAUGGCUGGAGGAUAUCGAGGUAUCGGUUCUUCGUUUAUGUCUUUGCGGGCGGUUGGCUAUGGUACUGGCUGCCUGGGUUUCUCUUCACUGGACUGAGUACCUUUGCCUUCAUCUGCUGGGCUGCGCCAAACAACAUCAUCGUUAACAACCUCUUCGGCAUGUCAACCGGCCUAGCCUAUCUCCCCACCACAUUUGACUGGUCCCAAAUCGCCUACAAUGGCUCUCCCCUCGUCGUCCCCUUCUGGGCACAAGCCAACGUCUUCGCUGGCUGGGUCAUCCUCUUCGCCUUCGUCACACCAAUUCUGUACUACACAAACACUUGGUACACAGCGUACCUACCAUUUUCUGGAGGUGACAUCUACGAUAACACUGGCAGUGUCUUCAACGCCUCGCGCGUCGUUGAUCGUCAUGGAAACUUCUCACCACAAGAUUACAAGGACUACAGUCCUAUCUUUAUGCCCGUCACUUUCGCUUUGAGUUACGGCAUUUCUUUCGCGACGAUGACUUGUGUCCCGACGUAUAUCUUCCUGAAUUACUGGAAGCAGAUCGUCGGCGCCUUCAACCCGCAGCGGAAGAAAGAUAUUCAUGCUCGGUUGAUUGAGAGAUACCCUGAUGCUCCAUGGUGGUGGUACGCCGCAUUGACCGCUAUCGUGCUUGGUCUCACCAUCAUGGUACAAGAAGUGUACGACACUCAAAUGCCCGUUUGGGGUGUCUUCCUCGCUUUCGGUCUCGCUGCCUUUUAUCUCAUCCCCACAGGGAGUGUUUACGCCGUCGCAAAUCUCAACAGCAACGUCCUUACAGUCCUCGGCGAGAUCAUUUCAGGAUAUGCCAUUCCCGGAAAGCCUGUUGUCAUGCUCAUCUUCAAGUUCUACGCAUACACUGGGCUCAGCCAAGCGAUGAUCUUUGCCUCGGACAUGAAACUCGGGUUGUACAUGAAGAUUCCUCGUCGAACCCUCUUUGUCGCACAGUUGACCGCCUGUAUCGUUGGAUCUCUGACCCAGAACGCCGUUGUGCUGUGGAUGCUGCACCACGUCAAGGACAUUUGCGAGAGCGACCAACCCAACAAGUACACUUGUCCUCAAGGUCGCGUCAACUUCUCAUCGAGCAUCGUGUGGGGAGCCGUCGGUCCCGCCCGUCUGUACAGCGUGGGUAAAAUCUACUCUGGAUUGUUACACCUGUUCUGGCUUGGAGCACUUUUGCCAGUAGUAACUUUUCUCCUCAAAAAGAAGUACCCCAACAGCAAAUUGCUACGCAACCUUCACUGGCCUCUCUUCUUCGCUGGCACUGGAAAUGUGCCUCCCGCUACUGGUAUCAACUACAGUUCUGCGUUUGCAGUCUCGUUCAUUUUCAACAAGUGGAUUCGUGGAAAGUACCCACAUUGGUGGGCCAAGUACAACUAUGUUCUGUCCGCGGCGCUGGACUCUGGUCUUGCCAUUUCUGCCAUCGUGAUUUUCUUCGCCCUCGUGUUUCCGGGCGUUAGUCUUAGCUGGUGGGGAAAUAAUGUUCAGGGAACGACAGCGGAUGGUAUGGGUACUCCCUGGAGGAAGCUGGGCACCAAUGAGACGUUCGGGCCCUCGUCUUGGAAUUAA